AUGUCGGUGAAGUUUCUGAAGGAAAAGAUUUUUAGUAGACGGGCUAAAAGCGCCGUGAAGCCUAAGAAUGCGUACACCGUCAUUGAGGACUUUAUGAAACUGCCGGUUUACUUCUACCAUACAAUUGGCCUAAACCCGUACGAGCUGACGGGCAGCAACAAGAAGCCCGGCAUUGGAUUUAAUCUCCUUUUUCUGCUGCACAUGAUCAAUGCGAAUUAUGUGCUCUUCCUGGAGAUCUCCUUUGUCUAUGUGUCGUUCAGGAACAACGAGAACUUUAUCGAGUCCUGCAUGGUGAUGAGUUACAUUGGGUUUGUGAUUGUGGGUGACCUGAAGAUCGGCGCUGUGCUCCUGCAGAAGCAAAAGCUGAGCAAUCUGGUGCGCCAAAUGGAGUCCGUGUUUCCGGCACCAAGGCAGAAGGAGCAGGAGCAGUAUGACGUCAAGCGCUACUUGCGUCGCUGCCUCCGCUACACCAAGGGAUUCGGCGGACUCUACAUGACACUCGUCAUCACGUACAAUUUGUUUGCCAUCUGCCAGUACUCCAUACAGAAAUGGAUUCUGCAUUCGCCGCACGCCAAGCAGUCGGUGCCCUAUGUGCCGCUGACUCCCUGGGAAUGGCGCGACAACUGGAGGUUCUACCCCACGUAUCUGUCCCAGUCGAUGGCUGGAUAUACGGCCACCUGCGGCCACAUUUCCGCCGAUCUCAUGAUCUUCGCCGUGGCCAUACAGGUCAUCAUGCACUUUGACCAUCUGGCCAAGUCCCUGACCGAGUUUACGGUGCGAGCACAAACCGAGGAGGAUGGCGCUGACCAGGAUCUGAAGGAGUUGCAGAAACUGAUUGCCUAUCACAACAAGAUUCUCGGACUCACCGACGUUAUGAACGAGGUAUUCGGCUUCGCGCUAUUAUUGAAUUUUCUGGCCUCGUCGACGCUCGUCUGCUUUGUGGGAUUCCAGAUUUCCAUCGGCAUCAGUCCCGAGAUGCUGGCCAAACUGAUUCUGAUCUUGAUCUCAGCCAAUUCGGAAAUCUAUCUUAUCUGCAAUUUCAGCCAGAUGCUGAUCGAUGCGAGUGGCAGCAUUUGCUAUGCAGUCUAUGAUAUGAACUGGGCGGAUGCCGAUCCGAGAUUCCGUAAGAUGCUCGUCGUUCUGGCUCUGCGUGCCCAAAAGCCUGUCUGUCUCAAGGCCACCGUCUUUUUGGAUAUCUCCAUUGAGACCAUGAGCAUCUUUUUGCGGAUGUCGUACAAGUUCUUUUGUGCCAUUCGUACGAUGUAUCAGUAA